AUGGGAAAGCGAACCCAAAUGCUCCCACUGGGAGUGACACUGGGUACGGUACUGUUGCUACUUACCACACACUUCGCUUUCGCCACCGCAUACACCUUCGACGAUGACUUUGAGGAUCUGAUCGCGGAAGAAUCGAACGUGGACGAGGAACUGCUGCCCGGGUCCGUCCUUCUACCGUCGGACGUGUUCAACGAUGGUAAACCGUUCUUGGUCGAUCGGGACCCUUCCACCGGUGCAAUCGAUUUCAUGCACAAGAAGACGGGCAACCAGAUCGAUCUCGGUGACAGUAAACCGUACGAACCGAUCAAGGAUAGUUACGUGAGCGACAAGAAGGAUGUGAUCAUACACCAGUCGACGCCCAACUUUCACGACUUUCUCAAUCUGCCCAAGAUGUACUCCCCGGAGAACUUUGUGUCGAUAUCGAGCUCGUACGCGAACCUCAAAUAUCAGGGCAUCAACAAGGGUUCGAACCAUCGUGACCAUGUUAAUACACACAUUGUAGCUGCCACUUCGGCAACUGCUGCACCAACCACCAGCACCACUACGACACCGGCUCCAGCGACUUCGACAAAAUAUUUCUACAAUAGACCGCAUUACACCGUAGGCAACUACAAUCGACCGGGAGCUGGAUCGGCUAGCUCAAACGCGUACUAUACCUUCCCUGCUACAUCGGGACGUCCGAUUACGACUCCGACUACGACUACGACAACAACGACAACGACUACUACAACCACACCAGCCCCGACUACGACCACGACAGAAGCACCACGAACGACGGUAAACUCACAAAAGCAACUGUUCACACGCUAUCCCUACAAAAGCACGAUCAAGAACAAGUACCUUGAAACAUCCGAACAGACGCGUAAGAAGUUCUUCCUUCCGUCCACACUUGCACUCCCUGGACCGACGACUACCACGACCGAACGCACUCCAUCCACGCCGAUGCGAUCCUCUACCUACUACUCACCCUCCGUACGACCCCAUUGGCCCACGACCUACCAGACUCCGACCACGACACAAAGCACCGUCUUCGUGUCCGCCUCUACAGCUCCCGCCAAUCCGGUUCGCUUCGUAGAUGAUGCGGUGGAACAACCCAAGAUUAAAUUCACUAUGCCAGCGCUCAAGUACGAAGGCUCAAGACCAGCACCCUUCCGACCGAUGCCAUCGCAGCAGGAAGGAAUGGUGCCGGAUCGGGAAACGUCAGCCAGCAACUCAAACACCAAGAUCGACCUGCCCAAAAAUCCUGCUGUCAUGUCGCUAUCGGAUAUCUUUAGCACACUCGAGCAGAAAAAGCGCAUCGAGGCGCAGCAAGCCGAAAACAAUCGUGUCGAGGAGGUGGCAGAAGCGGAACAGGAACCCGAUCUGCCAACGACUCCUCCUGCAAUUGUGCUGUUGAACGAUGGAUCGGCGGGAUCGGUCACGAUUGGAUCCAGCGGUCCACGGAUCGAGCAGUCGAUCGAUCUGUCCGAUCAGUACGUGCGAUAUGAGGUACAUCCGCAAGCUCAAGCUCCACCGAGUAGACCAGCGUUGGUGCAAACACAACAUCAGCAUCAGCAACAACAGCACCAGCAACAACAACAACAACAGCAAUACAAUCAGUAUCAAGUGCACCAGUCAAAUGGACAUCGCCCUCAACCCCCAGCGAUGGAUGUUAUGGGUGGUUCGUACGUGAAGUACGAAGUACAGCAACCGCAGCUGAACGUUGUGAAGUAUGGAGCAGUUCCAAGCAUGAACAAUGUCGUCAUUAGCCCCAACCAGAACUCGGCUACAUUCGUCCUGGGAUCGCAACAGUCCGUUGGCAGCAGCAUUGGAUCAUCUGGCCGUCCAGAUGGUGCUGGUCAUUUUGUAGGCUCUGUAUCGCAAGAUUCCGCCAGCGCUGCCGCCCUGAGCGCUGGUCGUCCCUCGUAUCAGAUGGGUCAAGUGCUAGAUGAGCCACACGAUCAAAGCAGCGUUGGUGCAUCGGUUCAAGUACAAGUGAAACCACAAGAUAUCAUCAAGACAACGAGUGUCCGCUUCCCUAGCGAAUCGGACGACAAAUACGAUAACGCUCCCAUUAUCAGCGGAACACACAAGUCGGAAGUAUUGCCACCGAACGGUCAUUCAGCUCCGGUACGCAACGAUCAGAUGGUUGUGUUUCCCCCUAACCAAGACAUCGCAAGCACGCUGCAUGAGGUCUCGAAUCGUAUCGUUUUUGACUCGCCUGCACCACAGACCGACACACUCAACCGUAAUGAACUAUCAAUCGCCCCGAAUCCAAACUAUCCAGCUGACUUGCCCGAACAACUAACGCCUCCAUCCGGUCCGGAGAGACCAGAUCUGAUUAAACAACGACCUCGACCACCUGUGCCCGCUCAAGGACCUCCGUUCAGAUACAGUGAAAUUCAGCGACGUCCCUCAACGUAUCCAAGCGAUCGUCCACCCCGGCCAACACUUACCCUACCGAACAUUUUACCCCAGUUCCGACCGAACGCGAAGAUCUCGCAGGGACAUCCGCCGUACAUGAAGGAACCCGGAACGUACCGUGUUCCUCCUUCAGGGAUGCUUGUAAAGACGGGUCCACCACUUCGUAAACCUGCCGGGUAUAACGUUCCCAACAGUUUACCACCGACGACAGCAGUUCGACGAACGCCACUCCCUACUCGCCUCAUGACACGCCUUAGUCCCGCUCCGAGCCGUCCACAAAUGCAUCCAGCAUCGGCAGAGCUAGAGAAUCGUCGCUACUACCGUCUACCGCCACCACCACCGCCAGCAAUGAUCAAGGAUCGUGUUUACAACAUUCAACCGCCACGUCUGCAGCCACCACCACUACCACCACAGCCAGCCGGAACUCCAACGACUAACAUCAUACCACCUGCAGUUACCUCUUCGGAGAAACCCAACGAACCACUAGAGGACAGCGAAUUUCAUCGCAAUCCGCCACAGAUUCUGCGCAACAUACUUAAGGACGAUCAACAGCAGCGACCCAAGCUCGAACCCGUUGUGACGCUUCAGAUGCUACAAUCGAAGAAACAGGCAUCGUCCAUCAAUUCUCCAGCCGCACAAGAUUCGCUCGGUGACGAGAGCAGCGUUGUGGUGACUGGAUCGGUGCAAAGUCAACAGCAAGAUAUCGGUAACAAGGAUCGUCCGGUUUACGUCGUUUAUCCGGUUAAGAGUACCCCAGUAAGAUUGGACAACAAGCCGAAUGGCGACCCAAUUGUGGUUGGACACCGUGGCGAACAGCAUCCAUCGAAACCGAUCAGUCCUGGUACCGAGUAUCAGAACACACCCUUUUCGAUCGCAUCACACUUUGAGCAGGAACCGAUCCUAACGGCCAAACACAAGAAACCAAAUCACAACGGCAAACAUAAUUUCCCUUACAAUCUGGAGAAACCGGACCCGUUCGCACUAGCUCAGCAGCUGGAUCAGGAACAAUCGGCUGGACAACCGGCACAAGACCUAUCGGAAGCGGACUCCGAGUAUAAUCUUGGUGAGGAACCAACGAAUGUUCGGGAUCAGGAUCAGGAUCUGAUUUCGAGUAAAUUGCAGCGCUUCCAGACGGACAGUACUCCGAUUGCGAUCGCAUACACUCCGACUGAAUCCAGCCCGCUGGGAUCGAAUAACAUGAGGUACAGCAAACCGGUAGGAGGCUACGGAUCGGCAGCAAGCAAUUACUACUAUUCGCCGUAUGGUGAAACGCAGACCGAAGUGUCCUAUCUGAAGAUUGACGAUGUGGACGAGUUUGGUAAUCCAUCCAGACGCUACGAACAGAGCUUCCAGGCACCGUUCCAAGCGAGCAUGAGUCUUGACCCGGUUAAGGUAACCAAUCCGUACGAAGGAUGGGCCGUAGUGACCUCGUCUCCUCAAGCACUAAAGCUUCAGCAGCAGCAGCAAACGGUGAACAAACCCGAACCUAUCCGUCAGCACAUCAGUCCAAAUACGAUCGAUCGUUCCGACAUUGGUGACACUACCUCAACGGGCACAGGUGAGGACGGUGCGGAUCGCCCAGCACCAGUUACCGCAUCCACCACCACCACCACAUACGAUCCGAACAGCUUCCAACCCGAGCUGCAGGGUGGAUUCCGACCGAUAUAUGGUGCGGAUAUGAAGCUGAGCGAGCAACUCAACCCCGAUCCUCAGCGAUCAAGCAUAGCCGAUCUGUUUGCGGAAGAUAACGCAAAUGAAGCAGCUGAAGCACCACAAAAUGUCACGACCAAGCUGCAACCGGUAGAAUCGAAACCGAAGGUAGUGAAAAAGGAAGAACCCGACAGUGGAAUGGAUCUUGAUCUGGAAGCAUUCUUCGAUCAGUUCACCAAGGACUACGAUGAUGGUGAUGGUGGUUUGGAUGAUGUAACGAUGAGCGAAGAAACGACGAACGAAACAUUGCCGGCGGGUGGUAGUGAUGAAAGUCAGUACCGCAGCGUUGGCGAAGGACGAAGCAGUAAGGGUUCGUCAGCAGAGACAAGUGUGAGUUCCUCGCCUGAAAGUUCAACUACUGCUGCACUUACGGUCGAAGAACCUAUCACGAAAGCGACGUGA